AUGAGGGCCUACAUCUACGAUGAUCUACCCGGCGACCAGCGCCUGGCCCACGACUCAGGCGAGGAGGUGUCUGCCUCAGAGCUCAACUCUCUCGGCGUCCUCUACUACAAGGCCACAUCAUUGGACGAGGUGAACGCGCUGGCGCAGCAGCGCGGGUACAAGAACCGGGACGAGAUUGAAGUGAGCCCGUCGGCGCUGGGUGAGUCGUAUGAGACCAAGGUGCGCAGCUUCUUCACCGAGCACCUGCACGAGGACGAGGAGAUCCGGUACGUGCGCGACGGCCGGGGCUACUUCGACGUACGCGACAAGCAGGAGCGGUGGGUGCGCAUCGCGGUUGAGAAGGACGAUCUGCUUAUCCUGCCGGCGGGUAUCUACCAUCGGUUCACCACUGAUGAGAGUAACGCAAUGCGCCUGUUCAAGGAGGAGCCGAAGUGGACGCCCCUGAACCGGUCGGAGGAGCUGAAUGAUAACCCCUACCGCAAAGAGUAUGUUGCCACUUAUCUGGCUUAA